CUCGCUCUCGUUCUCGUUCUCUCUCUCUCAUUCUUCUUUUUCUUCUUCCUCGUUACCAUCAACACAUUCCCUCCUUCACCAUGGAUCGUACGAGUCAUCGGUGCAUUUGCGGACAGAAUCCAAGCAUGUGCUAUGCUUUCAUAGCCGCGUGUGAGUGCCGCACACGCCUGGAAGAGAUGCUCCAUAAACCAGAACAUCAACGGAACCUGAUCGAACUCGACGUCGACGAUCUGGUCAACUCGGUCAAAGAUUUUGACGACGUAUUCUGGGCCCUCCAGUACAUGGGCACAGUUGGAGUAAGAUCUCGACCUUUAUCCCCAACCGCAGCUGAAAUACCCGGGUCUGAGUGGACCGGCCGGUUCAAAAUCAAAGGCAUCAGAAGAAUCCCAACAACUAAAUUGGACCAAGUGAAGAGCUACAUCCGCGAGAAAUGCGGCGUCUUAGCUACGUUUCGUAUCAACCAAGAUUUCUAUUCACAUUCCGUUGCGAUGCCGUAUGAACGUGACAGAAGCACUGCAGAUAACGGUUUCCAUAACGUGUGUUUGACUGGGUAUGAUGAUAACAAAGGAAUUUGGUCAUUUCUGAAUAGUUUUGGUGCGGAUUGGGGAAAGAAUGGUUUUGGAAAGAUUAGGUAUAAUCAUGUUGUGCAGUAUGUAGUGCCAAUAUUCAUGGAUGAAGAGAUUCUACCUAGCUAUGAUAAUGUUCAGCUUCCCAAUGAUCCUGCUCCUCCUCCUGUGGCUUCAACUUCGUCAAGUUCUUGUGAUGCUCAAGAGCAUCAAACCCGAAGAAGGGUGCCCAAGGCGAGCGUGCCACACUACAAAGUCUUUAUUCUUCGGGACGGAAGCAAGGGAUGCAGCAGCAACAUCACAACCAGCUGCUAAAUGAGCUACUAGAAAUUUGUACAGGCCUUUAUCCACUGUUCCUUGAAGUAUGACCUCCUUGAAAAUCUUGCAUUUAACAAGACAGCAAUCAUCAUGAAACUC